AUUUUUCUCGCCCACUGGUACCAUCAGUCGAAGCUAAAGAGAACCCCAGGGACAUUUGUCUUAUCAUACCCCUUCUUCUUGACACCAAAAUGCACUCAUAUUCGUUUUUAACCCGACCAAAAUCCGAAUCUGAAACCCCUCGAUUCCCUUCAUUUUUCAUUAGAAACCCUAAGACCCCUAACGCUAAGGGUCUUUUUGAAAACCCACCAUUUGCUUGCCUUUCUCACUGCAAUUGGAGUUGAAUUUCACCUGUAUAUUGAUAUCGAUACUCCUAUUAAAUAUGGAUGAUUCUGAUGAUGAAACUCGGUACCCUUCAAGACCCAACUCCAUUUACAGUUCUUCUCUUCGAUCAAGGCGCUCUAUUCGAAACCCUAGUUCUUAUUCAAGAAAUACCCAUUAUUAUGGGUAUAAUAACAAUGAAUUUCAAUAUGACGAUGAUGAUGAAUCUGAUGAAGAAGAAGCAGAGCAAGAAUUUAGCAGUGGAGAAAAUGGGUAUCAUAGUUUUCAAAAGAGGAGGAAGUUGGAAACUUUAGUUUCAAAUUACGAGUUUGCCCCUCGUUCCGGGAGUUCUCAUAGUUCAAAGGGGGGGAUGUGGAGUGAAGAGGAGAGUUUUGUGUUAUUGGAAGUGUGGGGUGAGAGGUACUUGGAGUUGGGCCGGAGGAGCUUACGGGCCGAAGAUUGGGCUGAAGUUGCAGAGAAGGUAACAGAAAUGAUUGGGGUAGAAAAGAGUGAAAUUGAGUGUAGGAAUCAAUUAGAUGUGUUAAAGAAGAAGUACAAGAAGGAGAUAACCAAAAUGGAGAAAACUGGGGGUGGGUUUCAUAGCAAGUGGCCAUUUUUCAAGAAAAUGGAUAUGUUGAUGAAUUUGAGGAUGAAAGGGCAUUGUGGAUUGGGAUGUGGUCUCGAUUCGGGAGAAUAUGUGUUUAUGGACCCACGAAUGUACUUGGAUAGGUCGAAUGUGUUGGAUGAGAUGAGGGAUAGUCCAGCAGGAUCGGAUGCGGAUAAUGAUGAAGAAGAGGAGGAGGAGGAGCAGGGUUCGGGAGGAUGGGAGGGUGAUAAUGAAUCAGCUAAGCUGCUAGCUGAUUCAAUUCAAAGGUUUGGGCUGAUAUAUGAGAAGAUUGAGAAUAGUAAGAGGAAACAGAUGAUGGAGUUGGAGAAGAUGAGAAGGGAUUUCCAGAGGGAGUUGGAGUUGCAGAAGAAACAGAUUGUUGAGAGGGCACAGGAGGAAAUCGCUAAGAUAAGGGACAAUGAUGACGAUGAGGACAAUGGAGAUGAGGAUGGUGAGGAGACCGACAAUAUUUCAGAUGGAACUAGGUUGAACCCAUUCAAACAAAAAUGAAAAAAAAAUAUAUUGUGUAUUCCUGCUCAAAACUUGAGUUUGUCCCACUCAUAUUUCCUAUACCUACUAUGCUUGCAAAAAGAUGAAGAUCAGAAGAAAGUCAAAUCAGUAUCAUGCACUCAACUGUGUUGAACAAACUGCAUUCCUGUGCUGAAGAUGCAAAGCAGCCAAAGGUCCUCCAGGCACUUAAAAAUGAAGGAGCUUUCUUUGUUUCCUGUAGUAUUCUUCUAGAGGUUUGAUCGGCUCUGUGUGCACCUGCAGCUUCUUUCUCGAGACAUCAUCCAAGGUACUUGAAGGCCUAAAAUAGACCACCCUCUGGCUUAAGACUCAUAUUAAUUCCAGCAGUCAGCCUGAACCUUUGAGGAAUCCCAUCCAAGAAUAAUCCACUUCCAACCCUGCAAUAUCCUGCUUCUAGCCUCUUUGACAAUAUACCAAAUUUAACCUCUUUUGGGACAAGUUUUCCCUGAUCGACAGCAUCUGCGAUCUGCUUAUAGAGAGAAGAACAUGGGUGGAGCCCAUGGAAAUAUGAGGGACAUCCAGAAGCUUCGAGAGCCACUGGGCAAAAACGUGUCUCUGUACAAUAGAAUCACCCAUGAUCACCCACUGCACUCCCUUUUGUGGAACUGUUUCUAUCAGAUUUCUCCAUUACAUAGUUCCGAUUUUGAUUAUACUCUUUGUAAUACUCGUAAUCAUCAUCAUAAUCUGCUAGCUGAGCUGCAGCUUGAUCCGUAAGACUGAGUCCUACGGAGAGAAGUCUGAAUAAGUGGCUGUGUCGCUGCUCUAGACGGCUGAACAAUUCCAUCAUUGCCCAGAGAGAAUGAGAGACUGAUUGUUCGUUCAUUUUAUCAUUUUUACGAAGAGAUCUCUUUCAUCAAUAAUAUAGUUGGAGAUAUUGAGCAACUUAAAUUUUUUGGGAUU